AUGGACACUCCUUUGGACAUACAGGAUGAGUUUCCGUUCGAAAACAUUAUUUUAGCUUAUUUACAGAACCAACAAGUGAAUGAUGUGGAGGAAUAUAUCCCUCCCAGUGAAAGUCCCUCCCAAAAAUUUGUAAGGGAAUUUUUGGAGGAAUUAAUAUGGAAGGUUGAAAAGCAAACUGCUUGGAGGGAAAGAUACAGGCAGCUUGAAUCAGAGCACAACCAAAAUUUUCUGUUCGAAAUUAUGGAUUAUAUCCCAGAAUUUUUUUUAGAUGAUACAGUAGUGCAAAAACUAACAUUCAGAGAGAACUUGAUAAUAUGUUCAAUAGACCAGAUCCCACUUUGCAAACAAGUGGGGACUCUAAACGCAGUAGGGGGCCUAGUUCUGGAUAUCCAAUGGGCUGAAGGGAAAGUACCGAGAAAUUUCGUACCUGACUGUGAUACGUUCGAAAAACAAUUAUUGGAAACGUGCAAAAAAAUAAAAGAAUGUAAAUCAAAUAUAACCCCUCACAGUUUAAUUUUGUCUACAUAUAGGUAA